AUGUCAAGUACUGAGACAGACAUAAUGUUUGCCGUGACGUCAGUGCUCAACUCCACCCACGACCAGACACCCAGAGAGUCCUUCGAUUCCGUGACGUCAUCCCCCGUGAGAUAUUUCGUCAUCGUAGACCUGCUCCUCAUCAUCAACGUACUCAGCGCCAUCUCCUUCUCCGUCACCGUCUUCGGUAUCCUCAGCAACAUCUGCAACAUCGUCGUCUUUGUGGGACUCGGCGUGCUAGAAACGGCAACGUCCGUCACGUUGUUCGCCCUGUCCGUCUCUGAUCUCCUCUUCCUCCUUAUUCUGUUCGUUUUCUGGACUUUCAGGUUUCUUAACAACCUCGGCGUUUCGCAGACCACCCAGGGAAUCCCGAUAACGUAUUUUGUAUACCAGUUCUUGCAGUAUUUCCGAAUGGCGUACACGUUGUCAGAACUGUUUACUGUUUAUCUCGCAGUACAGAAAUGCUGUUGUGUGGCUUUACCUUUUCGCUUUAAACUGAUCUUCACCCCGUACAAAUCACUGGCAACCUUGUCCAUUAUAGUGAUUGCUGUCUUUGCCUUUUAUGCUCCUCUUUUCUUUUCUAUGGGCUUACAGCAGGUCGUGGAUUUGACCCAGAACACCACACGAUAUAUUCCAUGGUUUUCAGAAGACAGAGAGGUUAUUGUUUCCACUGUCUUUCAUACCAUCAUGAACCUUUUGGUCCCCACAGCGGGGCAAGUUAUAGUCGCGGUGUGUUUGGUUGUCUUAACUCAGAAACUUCGAGAAACCACCAAGUUCCGACAAGCUUCCGAGAUGCUUGAGCCAAAAGUCGAAGGGUCAAAGGUGAAAAAAUCAAAGGUCAAGGACUCGAGCAAACUGUCCGGGAAGGAGUUACGUGCAGUGCAGUCUGUGGUCGUUCUUGUGGUCAUGUUCAUCGUCUGCAACCUGCCCACAGUACUCACGCAAUACGCCACUUAUAUCGAGCCGGAGUUUGACGACUUCCGGAGAUACAGCGCCAUCUACUCUCUCGAAUGUUCCUCAUGGUGUGCUGCUCGUCUUUCAACGUCUUCGUUUACAUCAAGUUCAACUCCAGUUACAGACAACAGCUACAGGUGGGUCGGCCUCAUUGUCAACUAUGAUGUACUUCCUGUGUACUAUGGAGCGCACUGUGUGAAUCAGAUUUUGCUACAUGAAGGAAAUACGAGGGAUGACUUCACGCGCCCUCGACUGAAGUGA